AUGUACGGCACGAACAACUACCCAGAAGAGUGGAAAAAAUCGUACAUUCACUUCAUCAAUAAACCGGACGGUAAAAGCGUCAGACCCAUCUCCCUUACAUCUUGCCUCUGCAAACUCUUCGAAUCCCUAGUAAAAAACAAACUGGACUGGUGGAUAGAACACAAUAAUUUUCUCCCCAGGGCUCAAUCCGGGUUCCGAAAAGGUCACUCUACUGCUGACAACCUAAUCAAUCUCACUAUUAGCAUAGAAGAAGCCUCCAGCAACAAAAAAGACCUGUUAGCGGUAUUCUUAGACAUUAACAGCGCCUUCGACAACGUAAACAUAGACAUACUCCUCAGUCAGCUAGCCAAGGUAGGCUGCCCCGCCUCUCUAGUUAAAUUUAUCCAACACCUAACAUUUGAAAGAUUGAUCUUCACAGAGGCCACAGGAAUCAAUCCCAGGAAAGUGUACAAAGGGGUACCGCAAGGGGGGGUUCUAAGCCCCAUUCUCUUCAAUAUAUACGUAUCAACAAUAGCCGAGAACAUACCUAAGGGUGUCACAAUCAGCAAAUUUGCAGAUGAUAUUGCAGUUUAUAGCAAAAACAAGAAGCUCCUUGAAAAGACAAUCUCACGUAUAUAUGACAAACUGCUGAAUUUGGGCUUGGAACUUUUAACCCACAAAACAACCUUCGUACACUUCAACAAACACAAUAUCAAACCAGGCCAAACUGAAAUAACAAUAAAAGACACAGUAAUUAAAUCAAACUACUAUCCUAUCCAUCGUACAGACUACUACGCUCUCAUAAAGAACAUAAACAUCAACACAGAAUUUGGCAAAACCCUAGUACGUACAGGAAACCCAAACACCCUAAUUGACCAGCUGACCACCGAAGAAAAUUCUCAUGCAAUCUACACCGAUGGAAGCAAAUCAAAAGAAUCACCUUCUGUAGGAAGUGCCUGCAUGUGCAAGGACUUAAACAUCUUAACAACCAGAAGCAUCCAUAAAGAUUCCUCAAUAUUUACGGCGGAAUGUGUGGCUAUAAGCGACGCGAUGGACAUCGCUCUAAAGCACCCCAAUCGGAAAUUCCUCAUCUUCACAGACUCCCUCAGCGUCCUGCUCGCCUUAACGCACCCGACAGCGAGCAUCAAAACCAACCCAUACAUACUGGAGAUAAAAAGAAAGAUCUCCGAACUCUGUGUUAAAGCCCAAAACAGCAACCCGAUCAAACUCUACUGGAUUCCAGGCCAUAAAGGAAUCCGCGGCAACGAAGAGGCAGACCAACUAGCCAAAGCCGCAGCAAAUCUCGCCCCGACAGAUCGCACCAAAAUUCCCUUCACAGACCUUAGCAAGCAGGCCAAAACGAUAGCAACUAAUACUACACGGGACAUCAUCACGCAAUUAGGAUUAACCAAAGGGAAGAACUACUUUACGCACUUCCACAACAAUCACGCCAAACCUUGGUUCACCGGAAGGAACCUAAAACGAGAAACCAUCACGGUGGUCAACAGAUGCAGGGCAGGCCAUUACAACCUGGCCCACUUCCUAACUCGGAUAAACAUAGUGAACGACCCGAAAUGUCAAUGCGGCUACGAAAGGCAAGACAUCGGCCACAAUAAUAAAUCUUGGUUGGAUGCUGAAUUUUCCGUUUCUGAAACAUUCACUUCACAGUCUCGAAAAUCAAAAAGUUUUGAACAAUAUUCAGAAAAAACAAAAAAGAGAAGAAUUGAAGCAUUAAAACAGUCGGUAUCUGAAAAUGACGUUGAUUUAUUUCUAAAUUUUCAAACAGUGGACAAGAACGUUCUGGCUAACAUCAUUAAAAAGGGUGUAUCAAAUAAGGACGCUAUAGAUAUGGAAUCUACUACAACCCAGGACACAUAA